AUGUCCGACCCCCCACGCCCCCCAACCCCCCAAGUCCUCCUCCACCGCCUCCCCACCAUCGACCCCUCCACCACCGUCCCCAUCAAGCCAUCCAAGUACAUCAUCCUCAUCACCGCGUCCACCUCCUCCGCCGGCAAACUGCAGAUCGCCCGCUCCGUCUCCGCCGCGCUGUCCUGCCCGCUGUACCAGGGCGACAGCCUGCAUGAGUCCGCGGCCAAGGCGUCUGCUGUCGGCGUCGGCGCCGGCGUCGGCGUCAAAGACAAGGAGUCUGGGGUAAUGGGGGGAAGGGGGGGAAUGCAUGCGGGGGAAAUGAGGGGAGGAAUGAACGAGGCUCGUUACCGCCGCAUGUGGUUGUCGAAGAUGACGCGCACGGGACUCCUGUUUCCCGAGGAGGCGCGGGCUGCUACGGAGGGGUUCGCUGGUUUUGGCGGUACUGCGGCGUCGACGUCGGCAUCCACAUCGACUAGCCGCAGGGGAUCUGCAAGCUCAAUCGCAUCAGCGACAUCAUCGUCGGGCUUGGAACGGGAACGGUUAGCCUCCGGCAGCAUCGCGAGCAGCAGUCGGCGCGAGUCCUUCGGCUCAGGGCCGCAUCCGGGACCUGCUAGCAGCACGUUCCCGUCAAUCCCGGGCGCCCAGUUUAAUGCCAUCUCCACCAUCACACUAUCAGACGAGGAGCGCCGCCGGCGCGCCAGCCCGGCGCUGAUGGUGCUGACGCACCCGGAGCUGGCCGCGUGGCACAAGCAGGCCAUCCGCAGCGCGGUGGGGGAGUACGGCAUCGGCGUGAUCCUGGUUCCCUUAGACCGCGAAGAGAACAACGAUGACGAAGACAAGAACGAAGGCGAGGAGGAAGAGGAAGAAGACCUGCCGAUCCUGCGCCCGCUGGAUCCGAGAACGAUGACAAGCUUCCCGGCGUCGUUCGAUGACUUUGCCGCUAGGGAGGAAAAGGAGAGAGGGGGAAGCCUGGAUCGGGAGAUGAAGCUCCGCAUCGAUGUGAAUGCUGAUGUGGAGGGUAAGACGACUGAGAUCAUCGAGGGUGUGAGGGACAUCAUGGCUUGA